GUCCAGGAUCACGACGCGUGAAUUCAAACCAGAAUCCAACGCUCUGAGACUCGGCACACCACCGUACCAUAGUUAGCGACGAAGAUGGUGGCUUCAUUACCACCUGAACUACUGUAUCUGAUUCUGCAGAAAUGUCCCUGCCGGAGGGUGCAAAUCGAGGAACUUGCAACAUACUACAAUGAUAUCUUCCCUAGUCCUCCGGUCCUCGUUGCCUACGGUCUCGAGAGCACGAGCAAGACAACGGUCAUCGUCGAAGUGCUGAGAUCGAGAGAAAUCCAACAUGGAGUCAUCAAGAGCAGGGAGUGUCUGUCCCAAAGGCACCUGCUGUCCAAGAUUUUUGCGGCCUGCGUCGGUGCCUUUGGACAGGAGAGCGACACCGAACACUUUGACCGGACGGACAGCAUCAACGCGCUCCUGGGGAAUCUGCGCAGGCUGUUUGAGCGGGUGGGCCGGAAGGAGUUCGUGGCCGUCAUUGACGAUGCGGAUGCGUUGAAGCAACCCGGACCAACGCUGCUCCCCGCGCUCGCUCGGCUAGGAGAUCUGAUCCCAGGUCUGUCCAUCAUAUUGACCUCGAGCUCUCCUAGACCUCUCAACCUGCACAAAGCCGGUGUGCCGUGUGUACACUUCCCGCCCUACACGCGCUCUGAAGCGAUCUCGAUCAUCGUGUCUCAAACGACACCUUCACUUUCGGACUCGUUGGCUGGAGUCUCUGGAGGGUUCGACCAGACCGCGCUGUCGAAGCUGUAUGCUCAGUUUGUGGUUACAGUCUACGACAGCUUGAUAUCCUCGACAUCAUCAACAUCCGUAGAAACCUUCCGUCUGGCCUGUGAGAGGCUGUGGCCGCGAUUCAUCGAGCCGAUGGCGUCAGGUCAAGAGCCGCCGGGACGAGCGAAAUCGUGGGACUUUGCAAGACUGCUGGUGCAAAAUCGUGGUCUGUUUCGAUCAGAGGGGGAGGAAGCUUUACAGAACACGUUCCCAAGAAAACCACUCCCAGAUGACCUUGAAGCUGGAUCGUCUCUACGUCAAGAUUUGUACAGAGUUGGCCCUUCAGGGGCGGACAAUAUAAUAGCAGGUGCAUCUACCACGCCGUCAAAACAUGCCGCUUCAGAGUCCAGCCAACCUGCACUGUCGAGGCAAACAACCUCAAAACCAGCGCAGUCAGAAUCAUCAAUAAACCGUCCGUCACUCCUCAAGCAUUUUCCAACGCUCGUCCUCCUCUCGGCCUACCUUGCAAGCCACACGCUCCCAAAACAUGACAUCCUGCUCUUCUCCCGCCUAAGCGCCACGUCGAGCUCGAUCAGCAGGAAAAUCCGCAGACUGAGACAGACGCCGACGAAGAGGAAAACGGCGUCCACCCCCAGUGGCACGCCAACGAAGGACGCCGCAACGCCUACGAAAUCGCGCACCAAGUCCAUAUUUGCCGCGGGGGCUAAUUCGGGCAUUCCACGACCGUUCACACUCGAGCGGCUUGUUGCGAUUCUUCGGGCAGUCCACCCGCAGGGCGUCCCCAAUCGGCCGGGUCGCGGCGUGAGUGAUCGGAUAUACCGUGAGCUUGGAGAGCUGGAGAGACUCCGCCUUGUUGUACGAUCGUCUGGAUCCGGCGCUGCGACUGGGGCUGGAGGAACGGGUGACGACGCGGGAGAUGAGAAAUGGCGGGUCAAUGUAGGUAGAGAAUGGGUGGUGAAUAUGGGACACAUGUGGGGAAUGGGCGUCAGCGAGUACGAGAUAGACCCAGACUCGUAGUGCCCCCAAUGCCAAAAUGCGCAGGGAAUCUCGAAGCUGACAAGCCAACACCUUCAUGUUCGUCCCUCUACGCAACUCUGUAUGAGUAGCAGCAAGGAAUUCCUUUUCCAUCCCACCAUCUUGCGCU